AGAAAGAGGGAGCGAGAGGGAGAGGGAGGGAUGUGCAUGCUCUGGCGGGCAUAAGAGAACAUUGCGCUCUGGUGAGCGAAUUGCGAAGGAAUCGGUGAAUCGAAGGAUCAAUUUGGAGAGUUGAUGGGGAGAAGAGGGUAAGGGAGGGGCAGGGUGCGAAAGGAGAGGUGGUGGGGAUUGGAAGAGCAGGAAAUUGGGGUACAUUUGCUCCCCAAAUCUUGCUGCGCAGGAGCAGCGAUGGAUCAGCUGGAAUUUCUGCUGCUGCAGUUCUUGGUGCCCGAUAACGCCGCGCGCAAGGCAGCGGAGGAGCAAAUCCGCAAGUUGUCGAAAGAUUCACAAAUUGUUCCUGCGCUGCUUCACCACAUUCGCACAGCGCAGGCUCCUAAUGUGCGUCAGCUGGCGGCUGUUCUUCUGCGGAAGAAGGUCACGGGGCAUUGGAUGAGACUCCCCGCCGAAGCCAAAAAUUCGGCGAAAUCCAUUCUGCUUGAAAGCGUCACCGCUGAUCCUGUUCAACCAGUCCGACGAGCGAGCGCCAAUGUGGUUAGUGUGAUUGCGAAGCAUGCAGUCCCAGCUGGAGAGUGGCCGGAGCUUUUGCCCUUUUUGUUUCAGUGCUCCAAAAGUGCGCAGGAGGACCAUAGAGAAGUGGCGUUGAUAUUGUUCAGCUCUUUGACAGAGACCAUAGGGGAUGUGCUUAGACCACAUUUCAGCACUCUCCAAAGUGUGUUCGUGGCUGGCUUGAAUGAUCAGCAAAGCACCAGAGUCAGGGUGGCCGCACUGAAAGCUGUGGGGGCUCUCGUAGGUUAUAUCCAGACAGAAGAGGAAGUGAUAAUGUUUCGGGAGCUUAUUGCACCUAUUUUGAAUGUUUCCCGAUCCUGCCUAGAAAGUGGUGAUGAGGAUGUGGCCAUCUUAGCUUUCGAAAUUUUUGAUGAGCUCGUUGAAUCGCCUGCACCUCUUCUUGGUCCUACCAUCCCAGUGAUUGUUCAGUUCGCUUUGGAAGUUUGUUCAAACAAAUCUCUGGAAUCCAAUACACGUUAUCAGGCCAUACAAAUCGUUUCGUGGCUUGCCAAGUAUAAACCCAAGACACUGGUGAAGCAUAAGUUAGUGACUCCAAUUUUGACUGUGAUGUGUCCCAUCCUGGCCGAACCUGACGCCAGGCAUAGUGAGGAUGAGGUUUCUUCUGAUCGAGCGGCUGCCGAAGUAUUGGAUACUAUGGCAAUGAGUCUCCCGAAGAAGCACGUGUUUCCACCUAUUCUCCAAUUUGCUGUCAAUAAUUUUCAAAAUCCGGAUCCGAAUUGGCGAGAAGCAGCUGUGAUGUCAUUGGGAGUCAUUUCUGAAGGUUGCUAUGAGGUGAUGAAAAGCAAGCUUGUCGGAGUUUUAACUUUGGUGCUUGAAGCACUGAAGGACAGCGAGCAGUUAGUGAGGGGAGCUGCAAGCUUUGCUCUGGGGCAAUUUGCCGAACACCUACAACCCGAGAUUGUGGAACAUUACGAGAGGGUUCUUCCCUGUAUAUUUACUGUGCUUAGUGACCCUGUACCUGAAGUACAAGAGAAGGCAUACUAUGCCUUAGCCGCCUUUUGUGAAAAUUUGAAGGAGGAAAUUCUUCCAUAUCUAGGACAGCUCAUGGAAAGGUUGUUGGAGGCGCUACAAUCCCAUCGUCGAGAUCUUCAGGAGACUUGCAUGUCUGCGAUAGGCUCAGCCGCCGCAGCGGCCGAGUCUUCUUUUAUACCUUACACGGAGAGGGUGCUUCAAAUCCUGCAAAAUUUCAUGAUUAGCACGAAGGACGAGGACCUUCCUGUUCGUGCUCGUGCAACCGAGUUAGUGGGCAUCGUGGGCUUGGCAGUUGGAAAGGGUGUCAUAGAGCCUGUCCUUCCAAAUUUCAUCGAAGCUGCAAUCGCGGGGUUUGCGUUGGACUUCAGCGAGUUGCGAGAGUACUCUCAUGGAUUUUUUAGUAACGUAGCGGAGAUUCUCGAAGAAGGUUUAGUCCCAUACCUUCCACGAUUAGUUCCGUUGGCGUUGGCGUCUUGCAACUUGGAUGACGGGACAGCGUUGGACUUCGAUGAUUCUGGUGAUGAAGCUGACAUGGCCAACGGUCUAGGUGGCUUAUCAUCAGACGAUGAGGACGAAUCAGAUAAUAAACGAGUGCGCAAUAUUAGUGUGAGAACUGGUGUCUUGGAUGAGAAAGCAGCUGCAACCCAGGCUCUUGGUCUCUUCGCUCUGCACACGAAGAAAGCAUUUAUGCCCUACAUGGAAGAUUGUCUGAAGGUUUUGAAGAAGCAUGCGGGAUAUUUCCACGAGGAUGUCCGCCUCCAAGCUAUGAUCGCUCUCCAACAUCUUUUGACAGCAACUCAGGCUACCUUUCCCACCCAAAACAAUCACAUAUCUCCAGAAACCAAACACGUGCUAGACACCGUAAUGGAUAUUUAUCUGAGGGCUUUAAAUGAGGACGACGACAAGGACACUGUUUCACAAGUGUGCUCAUCGAUUGUGGAUGUGAUCAAAUCCGUUCCGCUUGAAGCAGUACAACAAUACAUUGUGAAGCUAUCGGAAGCAACGCUGAUGUUGCUCCGACAGGAAGCUGUUUGUCAGCAAACAGGGGACACCGAUGGUGAAGGUGAUGAUGACGACCUUGAACACGACGAUAUACUCAUGGAUGCUGCAACAGAUCUUUUGCCAGCUAUGGCAUCGUGUAUGGGGGGCAGCUUUGAGCCGAUUUUCCGUCAGCUAUUUGAGCCGCUUAUGAAAUUUGCGACUCAUUCGCGACCUCCCAAUGAUAGAACAAUGGCUGUGGCAUGUGUUGCGGAAGUAGCGAAGGAGAUUCGUCAGGAAAUCACGCCCUAUAUUGAUACCGUCAUGCCCAUAGCCUUGAAGGAACUGUCUUCACCCGAGCCCACAAACCGGAGAAAUGCAGCCUAUUGCGUUGGUGAGCUCUGCCUACACGGCGGAGAGACAGCAAAGCUAUAUUAUAUGAGCAUUUUGACAGCCUUGCAUCCUCUUUUCACCGAUCGUGAGACUGACAACGGAGUCAGGGACAACGCUGCUGGUGCCGUGGCUCGCAUGAUCAAAGCAAACGCCCAAGCCAUACCUUUGAGCCAGGUUUUACCUGCUCUUGUGGGCGUUCUACCUUUGAAAGAAGACAUUGAAGAAUCUGAGAGCGUGUAUGGUUCCUUAUGUGGGCUGAUAUUCGCCUCUCAUCCAGAUAUUCUUCAAUUGAUACCUCAAUUAGUCCCCAUUUUCGCACAGACCGUCGCCUCUGAAGAAGUUAAACCUGAAGUGAAGUCACUGAUAGGGCAAGCAGUGAAUCAGUUGUGCUUAGCUUAUAGAGAGCAAAUGCAAGGUUUGCUCAGUGCACUUCCUCCCCACGAAGCCAGUGCACUGGGGGCGGUGAUGGGUCAGCACUGAUCAUACGGCGACAGGCCAUACGUGGUUUUGUAAGAUAUUCACGUGCCAAUGUCUGUGCUAAUGAUGUUUGCCCUAUUUAGAAUAUUGGUCUUGUUGCAACGUCAAGAGGAAGAAUAAAGUUGUCUUCCUCACCAUUCCUAUUGAAGGGUCACCACAAGAGCUCAGUUGAAAGGCUCACUUUGAUUGCUACAUAUGCCAUGGAGUAUCGGAUGAUUUUUGGACAGUUCUUGGAGGAUGUUGGAAAUAGCCAGAUCCGAGGGUUUCUAUCUACCACUUAUCAUUGAAUUUAAUUUCACAGUGGAGCAUCAGGAUCUUUCUCGCGUGCCAUUGAGUGACUUGUCUUGAAUAAAAACUGGCUGGCGUGAAAGGUUGAAAUGUUGAAUGCAACCCUUGGUCGGAUCGGCCUGUGGCGUUUUUAGUGGUCGAAGAUGUUUUUGAUCACUUUGCAUAUGCUAAGUAGUCGAGAGCAGCUGUAGCCGAUAACAAAUUUUGACAACAUGAGCAGGUUCCACCUAACAUCAUCAUCGAUACUGCGUUCAUCUUCUAGGCAUGAACUGAUCCUGUACCCCCAAAUUAGAUUGUAGGAAAAUUUUGUCAGAAAAUAUUUUGGAAUUGCUUCAACGUUAAGUGGAGUUUGGUGUUAAGCCCUGGAAAGGACAACACCCUUGUAGCGUUUCUGUGGAACAUAUGUAGUUCAGCUGUAGGGUUUGCAGCUAUUAGCUCCGCACAUCUCAGGAGAGAGAAAUCUCACCCCUUACACCUUCUGAUCAUUUCGUCAAACGUGGUGUUCAUGGUGUUCGACAGUAGUUCCUCACUAAGACCUGUCCUUCUGCUUUACAAGUUCAGAGUUGGCUUGAAUAAGCCUUGCUAAAUAAAUAUUUCGAUUUUUCAGU